UUCUCAGCUGCUUGAAAAUAUACAACCCGUGGGUAAAAAUCGCUUUCACUAACAACUUCACAGUUUAUAAAUUAAAAUUUUAAAUUAAUUUAAAUUUCUGCUAUUGCAAAAAAAAUUUCAAAAUAACUUCUCAAAGUGAAAUGACACCUAAACUUAAAUUCGCCGAAGGCGAAAAAGUUUUAUGUUUUCAUGGUCCACUUAUUUACGAAGCUAAAGCAUUAAAAAGUACCAUUACAAAGGAUAAGCAAAUUAAAUACUACAUUCAUUACGCCGGGUGGAACAAAAAUUGGGACGAAUGGGUGCCAGAGAACCGUGUGCUCAAGUAUAAUGAAGCAAAUGUUCAGCGUCAAAAGGAGGUGUAUAAACAGCAUUCUAAUUCAGCAGGAAAAAAUAAGAAAAGUACUCCAAAAGGCAAAAAGGGUGAAGCAGCUGCUGGUGCUACUUCAAAAGACGGAGCUGCAAGCGGCAGUAGUGAAUCUCGCGCUUCCACGCCAUCUAAAGAUUUAAAUACUACACCCUUAGCUGCUCCUUCGACCACUGGUAGAGGAAAUCGUUCGAAGCCAAGUACUAGUACGCCAAUAGCCAAAGAUAUCGAUACAGGAGCUAACGCAAAAGAAGAUAGUAAUGCAACUUCUACUGCUAAUAAAGAUGAAGGAACCAAAGAUGAGCCGCCCAAAAAGAAACGUGGAGGUUCCACUUCAAACGCUAGUGACAAAUCUAAUGGCAGUGGUGCAAGUUCAAGCAAUAAUACAUUGACAACUCCUUCAGCCAAUACUAGUGGAAGUGUGAGUGGAUCAGUGCAAAAUCGUUUGGAUACUUGUGUGGAAACCGAAGAAACAUUCCUUUCUAAAGUUGAGGUGAAAAUUAAAAUACCAGAUGAAUUAAAGCAAUGCCUUGCCGAUGAUUGGGAUGCCAUUACUCGUCAACAUAAACUACUUGACAUUCCUGCAAAAAUAACCGUUCAGGAUAUUGUUGAUCAAUACAUUGCGUUCAAGAAAACCUCAAAAUCGACAAAUGCCUCUAAGGAAGUAGCAAUUAAUGACGUAUUAAAUGGCGUAGUUGAGUACUUCAAUGUUAUGAUCGGCUCACAGUUGCUUUACAAAUUUGAAAGGCCACAAUAUGCGGAAGUACUUCAACAACAUCCGGAAACGCCGCUUUCCAAACUGUAUGGCGGGUUCCAUCUACUGCGAUUAUUCGUUAAACUAGGGUCUAUGUUAGGUUUCUCUGCCUUAGAUGAGAAAUCGAUGCAGAUGUUAUUAGUACAUCUUCAUGACUUUCUUAAAUUUCUUGUCAAGAAUAGUGCCACUUAUUUCAGUAUGACUAACUUUGUCAACGUUAGUCCGGAGUACCAUCGCAACACUCAAUGAUUUUAAAUGAACUGCUGGGAAAAUUAUAUGACAAUGGAUAUGGCACCUUAGCUGAAUGUAGGCGUUUCAGAGAUUUAUCGAGAAUAAAGCAGUGGAUUACAUUAUUUUAACUUAAUCGCAAAUUCAUUGGGUCUUUACUGGAAAAAUUGAAGAAUAACUGCAUACUAACCCAUUUUACAUAUAUAGGUUUCCAUUAUAGUGAUAUCACGCUUUUAGUUUAACGUGAUAUAAGUUUUUUAAUCUAUUGCCAAAUGUAGAUUUCUUUCUGUAUUUAAAAAUGAAUUUAUAUCGUAUUUCAUUUAUUAGAAUAAAUGUUUUUAAGAUCUUAAACCUCA